AUGGCUUCUCAUGAUAAGUGGGAGACCACAGACGUAUUGAUAUGCGGCUGUGGCCCUACCGGAGCUAUGCUGUCGGCGUAUCUGGGGAGACUGGGCGUUCGAAAUAUCGUCCUAGAAAAAGAACCCACUAUAACCACGGAUCCUCGUGGGAUUGCCCUCGACGAUGACGGAAUUCGGUUGAUGCAAGGCCUUGGCCUUUACGAGCACAUCUUCACGGAGAUUGGGUCCUGCAUUCCAAAGAUUCGAUUCGUCAGUGGCGUACAUCAGAACCUACACGCCAAACCGUUCCUUCAUUUCGAUUCAGCUUCCACAGAGGGAAAUACCGGCCAUGUCGGCGUGCUUGCUCACAAGCAGCCAGUCCUGGAGAAAUACCUCCGAGCGGCCAUGGACCAGUUUGAUAUCUCCCAACUGCGAAGUAGUUGCACAUUGACUUCCAUCACCGAGGAUGCGGGGUGGGUAUACGCGACCUACACCAAUGAAUCCGGUACCGAGAAAAGAACCCGAGCACGAUUCCUGGCCGCAGCAGAUGGAAAGACAGGGUUCACACGCAAGAUGUACCUAGAGCCAAAGGGGAUCAAGUUAGAGUGGGCCGAGCAAACAAGAUACGAAGAGACCUGGGUGGCUCUCAACUGGAAAAUGCACCUUCCGACAAAGGAGACGCACCCUUCAUUCCCAUUGUGGGAUCUUGGAUAUACACCAGAUGAAGUGUACGACCUUUUUUUCCCAGCCGACUUCCGUUUCCUCUGCAACCCCAGCCGUCCGGCUGUAUGUGGCCGAUUUGGUCGCCCGGAAGACCGACUCUGGCGCUUUGAGUUUGUCAUUACCUCCGAUGAGGAUGGUACGGAAAUGGCUGGGCGGGACAAAGUCAGAGAAGUCGUUUACCCUUAUUUGACGCAUUCUGGUAGUCGUUAUGGACUCGCUGAGGAUGUCGAGUACCCGGAGGACUGCAUCGAUGUUUUGCGAUCGAGGCCUUUUCGGUUCUCUGCGAGGAGUUGCAACAAAUGGGCCCUCGGACGGGUGAUUCUGUGUGGUGAUGCGGCUCACGUAUUUCCGCCAUUCGGAGGGCAAGGAAUUACGUCCGGGUUUCGAGAUGCUAUUUCCCUCGCUUGGCGCCUCGGUAUCGCAUGCUCAUCUCCUCAACUAGACUAUGAAAGCCUUUUCACCGGCUGGUAUCUCGAACGGAAACAACAACUCGACAAAUCACUUGGCUCUACCAUUCGAAAUGGAGAUAUGGUCAAUGGGAAAAGCCUGCUACACAUUCUAAUUCGCAACUGGGGCAUGUGGUUCCUCCAGCUUAUUCCUAGCUGGAAACACUGGCUUGAGCAGGGCCCGCGAGGUGAUGGUCCGACUCGGUACACCCACUCAGCAGGGAUGCCAUUCAUGCCGGAGUUCGAUGGCGGGCUCUGCUUCCCGCAGACAUAUUGCAUCGCUCUGGAUCCAGAUGCGAAUGUGCAGUUUACGGACGAUGUCAUUUUCCGGAGUGGGAAUGUAUUUCAACUCGUUGUCUUACUGAAUGGCCUCCAUGAACUGGAUGCUGCGCUAGAAGAUCUUGACGAGAUUUUUCAGAUGGGGUUGCUGUCGGCGGAUGAUGCUACCUUCUUUGUUCCUCGUAUUUCGAACACCAAUUAUGCAGCGCAUAAGCAGGCGGAUAGGUGGCACCGGGUAUUUCGUACCGCCACGGGCGAAGAGUUCGCACAAUCCUCACUAUGCGCUGAUCGUCCCGUACCUCGAGGAUAUGACGAGGACCUCAUGUGGAAGAGCGUUGGCGCAAAGCGGUACGUCAUUGUGAGAAUGGAUCGUUUUGUUUUUGCGGCAUGCAAUACCAAGGCCGACUUGGCCAAAGUCACUUCUAGCCUGGCCAGGAUCUUUGGAAAUCAGUGA